GAGCAGCAGGAUUUUGCCUAAUUCAGUAAUUGCAUGCAUCUUGCCAAGAAACAUGAGCUUGAUAAGUUUUCUUAGAUGUGUAAAACAAUCAAAUAUACCAAAAGCAUUGACAGUGUUUCAAAAGACUACAUCUACUCAUGCAAAUAACAAUACAUUCAAAACGUUGACAGUCAAUAGUUCUUCCAGUAGUCAUAUUGAGCAAUUUAAGUGCAUUUUGCCUAGUGAAAAUCUCUUCAGUAUUGUUUCACAGAGAGGUGCAGCUACAACUAAGGCAUUAACAAGUAAAAAGUCAUCAAGCAUUGAAAUCACCGUACCAGAACCACCAAAACGCCCUUCAAGUUCCUACUUACUGUUUUUUAAGGACCAUCAUGAUCAGGUCCAAGCAGAACUUGAUGCAGACAUGGGAGAAAGAGCCCCCAGUACUCAGGUCAUGGCUCAUAUAGGAAAGUUGUGGAAAUCUUUGCCAAAAAGUGAGGCUCAGGUAUACAAGGACAAAGCCAAACAACUUUCUGAGGAAUAUCAGAGGAAAAAGGUGGCAUGGAAGGAAAAAUUGACCCCAUUGCAGGAAGAAGUCAUCCGUCAGCAAAAAAUGGAUCAUGACCAGACCAUAAAAGAAAGAAAGCUCAAGAAACUGUUUGAAGAAACUGAAAAACCUAAGCGCCCAAAAAGAGCACAAGCCAUCAACUUAAUGGAUAUUGCAGACAUUGAAUCAUCAUUGGAAGAUGGUGAUGGAAACCAGAAGGAAAAAUUUACUAAGUAUAUCCAUGCCAAAACUGAAAAAUGGAAAUCACUGCCAGAAGAGGAAAAGGAGGCACUGAGAGAACUUGCCAGGGAGCAAAAUAAACAAGCAGAGUCUAAUUACCAUAAGAAACUUGCUGAGUGGGUGCUGAGUAUGUAUGAUGAAGACAUGCUGGAUGUUGUGACAAAAGAUGAAGCUAAAAUAGUACUUCAUCAGCUGAACAUGCCGAAGAGGAGAAAGACAGCCCUACAGAUUUUCCAAAUGUCUGACUUAGGAAAAGAAAUGGGUGUAACAGUGGCAACUGCCAAGACCAUGUUUGAGAGUCUUCCUAGUGGGCAGAAAGAGCACUUCAACAAUCUAUCUAAAAAUGAUAAGAAAAGAGCAGAGAGGGAAUUUGAAGAGUGGAUGGAUGGAUUGAAAGAAAGAAAUCUUGGAGGUUAUGCUAAGGCACUAGUUAAAAAAUCAAGGGCAAUCAAAUCCUCUAGUGAGAAAGUAGUGAAGGAAGAAAAAACAUCAAAAAAGAAAACCAAGGCAACUAAAGGAAAAUCAAAGAAAAAGGUUGAGAAAAGUAGUGCAAAGAAAAAGUAGAAGAGUAAACAAUCUCAUAAUGAAAUUUUAAGUACAUGUACUACAACUCUUUGUUCACCUACAUUUAUCGUCUUACACAAAAGUUACAUACAUGUUUAUAUGUACCUGUGUAUAUUAUUUUGUACAAGAUUCACCACGUUUUGUGUGAGUAACAUUAUACAUUUAUUGACUGGGUUUGAGGGCAACAUGGGUUUUGUUGCACUCAAGAACAAUUUGGUUCGAGGGGUCAACAAAGUGCAUUUUACCCGAGAACACAGUCAAUAAAAGUUUUGUUAUACCUUUUAUUUUUUGGACAUACAUGUAUCUUGUGCUGGCUUCCAAGAUGUCCAAGGGGUUAAAAUUUAGGUCAAUUCUGUUACUGUCGAAACCAACGAAUGCAAAUAAGAUUUAGCUGAUUCCACCCAUAGUGUGACCUAAGAGUUCCAAUAUCUCAUUGACAGGUCCAAUAUGUCACUCUGCGGUCAAACAUCAAUUUUUUUUUACCUCGGUAAAACAUUGGAAAUGUUUAAACUUCUUUCAGUAUGGAUUUUUAUAGGAAGCAAUUUUUAAAGGUAUGACAAAAUGUCUUAAUUGAAUGUGUUACUUUUCCUUAACUUUCAACAUCUAACAUCCUUUAAUAUGAGAAUCUGUUUAUAAGAGGAUGUGCCUGACUGCCUAUUUUUUGUCAUACACUGUUUCUAUGGAUAUAAUUGGCAUUACACUGUAUAUGUUUGGUUAUAAAGUUUUUGUAGCAUGUUUGAGUAUAAAUUUUGUUUCUGUUGUAUGUUUUUGAUAUAAAUUUUGUUUCCGAUAUAAAGUUUGUUUUGUAUGCACUUUUUUGGGAGAGUUCAUGUACAUGUAAAUCUGUCAUGUACAUGUCUUAUUCAUGUAGAUUUAGUUUGUAAACCAUUUGAUCAGGUCAUGGGAAAUGGAGUAAAUAAGAGUCUGGACAAUGAAAUUAAGAUCCAAGAUUUGAUAGAAUACAGAUAAAGUGAGGUUGUAAGGGGAGAUCAUCAAAGAACUGAUUGUCAUCAAAUUGAAAGCACAGUAAUUUCACGAAAGUUAUACACUUUUCAUGCAAAAAAGCUAAGUUUAUUUAUUAGUCUCCUGAUGAUGAAACUGGAUGGUACUACAGGUUUCAUCUACAUAUGUCUGUCUGUUGAAAUCUACUAUUGUAUUUGAACUUUUUUUUUACUAGACAUGUGCAUAUAUAGAACUUGAUUUUUCUUAUGCAAGUCUAUCUUGAUGAGUUAGGGUCAAAUUUGCAUUUUGUUCUGCUUCAAUGAUUUUUGAUGGAAUUACAGCCCAUACCUUUUUUGAGAAUUGGUACAAUAUAUUAUUUAUAAAUGCAAUACUCUCGGAAUGCUUGUUUUAUACUAUGAAAGAUUUGUUCUUAUGACUUGCUUUUUAGUAUCUACUUGUAUACAUACUUGUAACACAUCUUGAUAUAAAGUGAAAUUUCCAUUACAUGAAAAAGUUAAUAUCCAACUUGCUAUACAUUUUUAAGAUAUGUCUAAAUGUCUUGGAUUUAGUGGAUUGAAAUUAUAGAUGCUUUGAGAAAUUGUUGACCAAUAUUUUUUUUUCCUGAAAUUUUAAACAACAGUAAUGGAAAAUGAUAUAUGUAAUGCUUGCUACAUCAUAAAUUCUGUAAAAUAGUAUUAUAAAAUGGUUGUAUUUCUUGCCUUACAGUCAAUAUAUUUGAUGGUGGUAUUGUUACAGGAAAAAUGUGUGCGUUAAAUGAAAUAAAAUUUGUUCAUGGCAGCAUUUA